AUGGUUUUAGUUAAUGUUCAUUCCGAUGGUCAGCCGAUUUUCAUCAACAAAGACAUGUUGACAUGGUACUUGCUCAGCCUCAAGCUCCGCCAAAAACUCCAAACCAAAAACCAACAAUCCGAACCAGUUCAAGAUCAUAACCUUCGUGGUUUACCCAAAAACACCACACCGGAUCAAUACCAUAGCAUGCAGAACCACCAAGAGACUCAUUCCGAGCCUGAUAACAUCGAGGUGAUUGAAGAAAGGCCAAGAGAAACCACAGGAGACAGCUGGGUGAUCUCAAUAAGAGACAAGCUGAAGCAAGCACAUAGAGACGACGACACAACGAUUUGGGGAAAGCUAUGCAUCUACAGAGUUCCAAAUUACCUGCAAGAAAACGACAACAAGUCGUAUUUCCCUCAGACCGUUUCGCUUGGUCCGUACCACCAUGGUAAGAAGCGUCUCCGAUCUAUGGAGCAACACAAGUGGCGCGCGGUCAAUCGUGUUCUGAAACGUACGAAGCAUCGCAUUGAAAUAUACAUUGACGCCAUGAGAAAGCUUGAGGAGAAGGCUCGUGCUUGUUACCAAGGUUCCAUCGGUUUGACUAGUAACGAGUUCACAGAAAUGCUUGUUCUUGAUGGUUGCUUUGUUCUUGAGCUCUUCAGAGGAACUGUUGAAGGCUUCCCGGAAAUCGGAUAUGCACCGAACGAUCCGGUUUUUGCGAUGCGGGGAUUGAUGCAUUCGAUACAACGUGACAUGAUAAUGCUGGAAAAUCAACUUCCUUUGUUUGUUCUUGACCGACUAUUAGAGCUACAGCUUGGUACACAGAACCAAACCGGUAUAGUCGCACACGUAGCUGUUAGGUUCUUUGACCCACUAAUGCCAACCGGAGAGGCGUUUACCCAACCGGACCAGUCAAAACUCAUGAACUGGCUGGAGAAAUCAUUGGAUUCACUUGGUGACAAAGGGGAGUUGCACUGUCUGGAUGUUUUCCGUCAAAGUCUCCUCAGAUCUAGUCCCAUACCUGGUCCAAGAUCUAAACACAAGAGAUCGUCUCGGGAUACACGAGUUGUGGACAAGCGACAGCAACAACUGGUUCAUUGUGUGACCGAGCUAAGAGAAGCUGGUGUCAAGUUCAGGACAAGGAAAACCGACCGGUUUUGGGAUAUUGAAUUCAAAAAUGGUUAUCUAGAGAUACCAAAACUACUUAUCCAUGACGGUACCAAGUCUCUUUUCUCGAAUCUUAUAGCAUUUGAGCAGUGCCAUAUCAACUCGACCAACAACAUAACAUCAUACAUAAUUUUCAUGGAUAAUCUAAUAAACUCUUCCGAAGACGUUAGCUACUUGCACUAUUGUGGUAUCAUCGAGCAUUGGCUUGGGAGUGACGCUGAAGUUGCGGAUUUGUUCAACCGGUUAUGUCAAGAAGUGGUUUUUGAUCCCAAAGACAGUUAUCUAUCUCGGCUGUCUGAUGACGUUAACCGUUAUUAUAGCCGGAUAGCAUCACGUGUGAAGGAGGUGCUGCAGUGGUCGGUUCGGAUCAUGCGGUCUUGCAGUCUCGGCGAUGAUGAAUGGAUCCAUUUCAAAGUUUCUAGUUCAUUUUACGUUCUUUGCGGUGGUGUUUUUCGGUUAUUGGCUGAGGUCUUCUUCCUCCUGCUUGAGGCCAUCGGAAGAGAGGGGCUGGGAUCAGGUUUCUUGCCGGCUCGGACUUGGCGGCUGGAGUCGGCUCUCCGGCUGUUGACGACGGGUAAGCAGGGACCGCAAGGUUUCUCUCUUACAGCCGCCGGUGAGCUUCAACCUACAGAAACAAUGGUUUCCGUUUCCGUUGCUGGCAGCAAAAAAUUAUCCAGGCAAAAAACAAAGAAAAACAUUAAACCAUUCAGAUGGAGAUGGGGUUUCAACAUCACAAAGGAAGUCCGUUGUUUUCGAGAACUUACAAGACCUGAGGCUUACUCGGAGCCCGGUGAGAUCAAUGCGACAGAUGAGAAGCUUAGCCAGAUACGAGAAGAAUGGGUGGUCUCGAUCGAAGAGAAGAUAAAGAAAGCACUUAAAGACGACGACACAACAAGUUGGGACAACCUCUGUAUCUACAGAGUUCCACACUACUUGCAAGAAAACGACAAGAAGUCCUACUUCCCUCAUACCGUCUCGCUUGGUCCAUACCACCUUGGCAAGGAACAUCUCAUCCCCAUGGACCACCACAAGUUGCGUGCGGUCGAUAUGGUCAUCAAACGGACCAAUCAAAGCAUCAAAAUGUAUAUUUCCGCCAUGAAAGAGCUUGAGGACAAGGCUCGUGCUUGCUACCAAGGUCCCAUCAAAAUGAAUAGUGAUGAUUUCAUUGAGAUGCUUGUUUUUGAUGGCUGUUUUGUUCUUGAGCUCUUCAAGGGAACCGUUGAAGGAUUCCUGGAAAUCGGAUAUGCACCAAAUGAUCCAGUUUUCGCGAUGCGAGGAUUGAUGCAUUCCAUUCAACGUGACAUGGUAAUGUUGGAAAAUCAACUUCCAUUGUUCGUACUAAACCGGUUAUUAGAGGUACAGCUCGGUACAAGGUACCAAACCGGUUCAGUGGCAGAACUAGCAGUUCAGUUUUUUCAUCAACUAAUGCCAAUGGGGGAGCCACUAACCAAAAGGGACUUGCAAGGAAAAUCAGCUGACUCACUCGUUGACUAUGGAGAGUUACACUGUUUGGAUGUUUUCCAUCGAAGUCUCUUCUGGACACCGAAACCCAAAAGGCCACAAUACAUUUCGUCUCGAAAUCAACAACUGGUACAUUGCGUGACAGAACUAACCGAAGCUGGUAUCAAGUUUAAGACAAAGAAAACGGACCAGCUUUGGGAUAUUGAAUUCGAACACGGUUAUCUAAAGAUCCCAAAACUACUUAUCCAUGAUGGUACCAAGACUCUCUUCUCAAAUCUUAUAGCUUUCGAGCAGUGCCAUAUCCACUCGAGCAACAAUGUAACGUCCUACAUAAUCUUCAUGGAUAAUCUAAUAAACUCUGCUGAAGAUGUAAGAUACUUGCACCACUGUGGUAUCAUCGAACAUUGGCUAGGGAGUGAUUCCGAAGUUGCGGAUUUGUUCAACCAGUUAUGCAAAGAAGUGAGUUUUGACCCAAACGAUAGUUAUCUAUCUAAACUGUCCGAUAAGGUUAACUGUUAUUAUAGUCGUAAGUGGAAUUCUUUGAAGGCUACCUUGAGACACAAGUACUUCAAUAACCCUUGGGCAUAUUUCUCUUUCAUCGCUGCUGUUAUUUUGCUAAUUCUCACAUUCUCUCAGAGUUUCUAUGCUGUUUAUGCUUAUUAUAAGCCAAAUUCUUAG